AUGUCUGAAAAGGAGCUGAGCGCCACACGUUACGACAGCGACGGGGAGAAGAGUGAUGACAGCCUGGUGGUGGAUGUCUCUAAUGAGGAUCCUGCCUCUCCUAGAGGAAGCCCCACUCACUCCCCUCGUGAGAACCGAUUGGAUAAGAGCCGUCUGCUGAAGAAGGAAGUCCCUCCCCUCAGCCCCGCCUCUAUGGCCUCAUCCAGUAGUACGCCCUCCAACAAGUCCAAAGACCUCAUCAUGAAUGAGAAGUCCAGCACCCUGACCCCCACCCCCAGCAGCACCUCGACCCCCGGUCUGAGAGGGAAAAUGUCAGGACUAGAGGGCCCUGGUCUGCGUCCCCUGGCGUUGCCGUGUCCUUACCCGGGUGCGUUUGGCAUGGUGCCCCACCCAAGCCUCAACGGGCUGAACGGCGACCUGGGCGGAGCCAGCGCCUACUCCUCCCUACACAACCUGUCUCCUCAGAUGAGUGCAGCUGCUGCAGUCGCGGCCUACGGACGAUCACAAGUGGUUGGUUUUGACCCCCACCACCACAUGAGAGUCCCUGGUCUUCCUCCCAACCUCUCUGGCAUUCCUGGAGGAAAACCAGCCUACUCCUUCCACGUGAGUACUGAGGGCCAGAUGCAGCCGGUACCGUUCCCUCCGGACGCCCUGAUAGGCCCAGGGAUUCCCCGGCACGCCCGUCAGAUCAACACGCUGAGCCACGGCGAGGUGGUGUGUGCCGUCACUAUAUCCAACCCAACCAGACACGUCUACACAGGAGGGAAGGGCUGUGUCAAGAUCUGGGACAUCAGCCAGCCCGGCAGCAAGAGCCCUGUGUCACAACUAGACUGUCUGAACAGAGACAACUACAUCCGUUCAUGCCGGCUGCUGCAUGACGGGCGGACUCUGAUCAUAGGAGGCGAGGCAUCCACACUUUCAAUCUGGGACCUAGCCUCACCCACCCCGCGUAUCAAGGCAGAGCUAACGUCUUCCGCCCCGGCCUGCUACGCCCUGGCCAUCUCCCCCGACGCCAAGGUCUGUUUCUCCUGCUGCAGCGACGGGAACAUCGCCGUCUGGGACCUCCACAACCAGACACUGGUCAGGCAGUUCCAAGGCCAUACGGACGGGGCUAGCUGUAUAGAUAUCUCUCACGAUGGGACCAAGCUGUGGACAGGAGGUCUGGACAACACCGUACGCUCCUGGGACCUGAGGGAGGGACGACAGCUACGUCAGCACGACUUCACCUCACAGAUCUUCUCUCUAGGGUACUGUCCUACAGGGGAGUGGUUAGCUGUAGGGAUGGAGAACAGUCAUGUAGAGGUGCUCCACGUCACCAAGCCAGAGAAAUACCAGCUACAUCUCCAUGAGAGCUGUGUCCUCUCCCUCAGGUUUGCUCACUGUGGUAAAUGGUUUGUGAGUACCGGGAAAGACAACCUGCUGAACGCAUGGAGAACCCCUUACGGAGCCAGCAUAUUCCAGUCUAAGGAGUCAUCCUCAGUGCUAAGCUGUGACAUCUCUGGGGAUGACAAGUACAUUGUGACUGGCUCUGGAGACAAGAAGGCCACCGUCUAUGAGGUCAUCUACUAGACCCCUGACAUUGACUUGUCACCCGACCAAAAAACGACCCUGUCCGAGGGUAUUUUGUCUGUCCUGUGAUGUAGUUUUGCUUGAAAACGGACAACUUCCUAAUAUGGAUUCCGUAUACCAUCCUCUCCCCCCAGUGCCCCCACCCCAGGACUGAUAUGGAUUCCGUACUGCACCCCUCACCUCUAACCCCUGACCUGGAUGUGGACCAAUCAAAAUGCCUGAACAGAACAGAACCAAAUACUGGAGACUUCUCUUCUUCUUCGGACUGUUUUGUUUUCUAUCGAACCAAUGACUUUUCUAACACUUGUUUCCACGAAGACGAAUGAAGCCUCGUCUAGGAGUCCAGAUAGAGGGGACAUUCUGGAAUGAUAAAAUAUGACAAAACGCCAAAAUAUCGUCCCUUGUAUCACACCAGGAAAUUACAUUUUUCCUGAUGCUUUUCUCAACACCCGGAGAAACUGCUGGUUGUCAUCGGAACUUGUUAACAAGGCUGCAUGGUAUUUAUCUUAAUGUGACUCCAUGCAGCCACUGGCAACGUCCAGGAUAGGUUUGUCUGGAACCGCUUGUGGAUUUGAUAGCUCUAACGCAGCACCUCAUGACACGGCUGAUUGAAUCGGGCCCUAAAAUGCCUUUCAAAUGAGCGGUUGGACUAGUAGUGUCAGACUACCUAACACAGGACAGUCGAGGCAGAUUGUAAACUUUCAGAAAUGCCUUGAAAUAACUUGUUCUGUAUAUUCCUCAGUUCACACUGAAAUACUUUUUUAAGGCUUGGUGUUAAAUCACAUUCUCAACUCAAAAUAAAGAGUCCUAACUGAAUGUUAAACACAGUUAGCUGAUGAACUUAUUGAACUGAGAAAGACAGUUA